AUGGCGUUUUCUGACAGCGAGAGCAGCUCGUCCUGCUCAGACCCAAGUGACGACUGGGAAAACGACAUUGUAGAGACGCCAAAGCCAAAGAGCUCUUCCUCGACCACGGCGAAAAAAGACGAGGCAAAGGGAGGAAUCAAGCUUGACAUAGGACAAGAUAAGCCUUUUGGCUGCUCUGGGGCGCCACCCUCGAAGUCCUCCACCACAACCAAAACAACCAGCAGUUCCUCCGGAUUCGGCUCUUCCUCGAAAAGCAGCGGCUUUGGAAACUCGUCCAAGUCCUCCGCGGCGGAUCCUUUUGCAAAAUUGUUUGAAACAUCAAGUAAACCCUCGACGACAUCGUCGACAAAAGCAAAUCCUUUUUCUUCGAUUCCCAUGGCCGGAACGAAAUCCACAACUUCCUCGACAAAGACGACUACUUCUUCUCCUCCGAAAACGACGACAAAGUCUCCACCAAAGCCCGCAGCAAGAAAGAAAGUAGUCUGCAAACAGCUCACAAUUGAAGAAGACUGGGUCCAGAAAGCGCUCAAAAAGGAUCACGACUACAGCGCGGAGAACAGCACAAACUACUUUAUCGAACACGCGCUGGACUUGGUGGAGAACGGAUGCAAAGAGUUUGCGAAGUUCGUCGCCAGAGUCCAAGUCAACGAGUUCAUCGACGACUACGGACCAGAUUACGACGACAUGGCACAAGGGCAGCUCCAAAUUUCUUUUUUCUUCUUCCUUGAUUUCAGCGAUGAUUUCAUAAUUUAUUUUCAAAAAUUAUUUUAA